UCGCAGCGGGAGUUUCAGGUCCGACCGGACCGGGACCGGCAGGACCGGUCCGACGGGCGCGUCCCGGCAGCUGUAUAAGAGGCGAAGACGGGUACAUGGGAUCGAGACUUCUGCAGACCGCUACAGGUGAUACAGACCGCUACAGACCGCUACAGGUGAUACAGACUACUCCAGGUGGAUCCAGACCACCAUGCUCUACCUGCUGCUGCUGGCCGCGCUGCUCCUGGGGGGCUACGUGUUCCUCACGCGCACGCUCUUCAGAAGAGCCACGUGCACAGGCACUGCGGCGGUGGCCGGCAAGACCGUCAUCAUCACAGGAGGGAACACUGGCAUUGGUCGAGCCACAGCACUGCACCUCGUCAGGAGAGGAGCACGAGUCAUCCUGGCCUGUAGGAACAGAGACAAGGCCGACUGCACCAUCACUAACAUCACACAGGAAACAGGAAGUACUGACGUUGUCUUCAUGAAGUUGGACUUGGCCAGUCUGAAGUCGGUUCGCUGCUUCACAGAACGCUUCCUGGAAACAGAGUCCAGGCUGGACCUGCUGAUCAACAACGCUGGCCUGGUGGCUGACGGGCGGACAGAAGACGGCUUCGGCAUAGAGUUCGGGGUCAACCACCUGGGUCACUUCCUGUUGACCUACCUACUGCUGGAGCGCCUGAAGGAGGGGGGUGGGGGGCGCGUGGUCACCCUGUCCUCCAUGGCCUACCGCUGGGGGAGCAUCGACCUGAAGGCUCUGGCAGUGGACAGGCACCUGGGGACCGGCCGCUACAGCUGGCAGUUCUUCCAGGCCUACUGCAACAGCAAGCUGUGCAACAUGCUGUUCACACACCAGCUCGCCAAGAGGCUGAGGGGGUCAGAGGUCAGCUGCUACAGCGUGCACCCAGGUGUGGUCCGGACCGAGCUGUCCCGUAACGUCAGCCUGUGGCAGAAGCUGAUCAUCGAGCCCGUGGCCCGGCUGCUGUUCCUGGACCCGGAGGCCGGAGCCCAGACCACGCUGCACUGCUGCCUGACGGAAGGACUCGAACCGCUGAGCGGGCGCCACUUCUCCUGCUGCGCCGCCCAGGAGGUCACGGAGAAAGGUCGCGACGACGCCAUGGCCCGCCAGCUGUGGGCUGUCAGCGAGCAGCUCUGUGGACUCGCUGCAGGUGGACCCUCUUCAGGUGCACCCCCUUAAGCUGGACUCUCUUCAGGUGGACUCUCUUAAGCUGGACUCUCUUCAGGUGGACUCUCUUAAGGUGGACUGUGUGUUAUGAGUCUGUGUCCUCCUGUAAUAAAGCUAUGCUGCCCCCUGGUGGCUGACAUGAAG